AUGAGCCACUACCGCAGCUACUACGGCGGCCUGGGCUACUAUGGCGGCCUGGGCUACUAUGGCGGCCUGGGCUACUAUGGAGGCUUCCCUGGCCUGGGCUACAGCUAUGGCUGUGGCUGUGGCAGCUUCCCCAGGCUGGGCUGGGGCUCUGGCUAUGGAGGCUGUGGAUAUCGCUCUGGUUAUGGAUUUGGCUGGGGCCGUCCUUCCUGCUGUGGAUCUUUCCUUGAGCAGCAAACCCAACUCUACACUCUUGACAUCAUGAGCCACUACAGCAGCUAUUACAGAGGGCUGGGCUACUAUGGAGGCUUUGGUGGCCUGGGCUUUGGCUAUGGCUGUGGCUGGGGCAGCUUUCCCAGGCUGGGCUAUGGCUGUGGCUACAGAGGCUGUGGAUAUGGAUCUGGCUAUGGAAAUUGUGGGUAUGGCUUCUUCCGCCCUUCCUGCUAUGGAGGAUAUGGAUUCUCCAGCUUCUACUGA